AUGAAGGCCACCCAAGCUGCUUCGGUCCUCCUCGCCCUUGGCAGUCGCCUCGUGUCUGCGCAACUGAUUUACGCCAAUAAUGAUGUACCCGUGUUGAAGGAUGACGACAGCGUGGCGGCAAACUUCCCGGAGGUAGACAUCGACCUCUACUCGCCUGCUUUCAUCGAUUCAGAUGGAGUACUGGAGGAGUUCGCAAACGGUACUUCAGGCCCAACGAGCCAAGCUACCCUUGAAGCCUUCUUGGAAGAGCUGGCUGGCCGCAAUGACUGGUUCAAAUACACUGUUCCCGACUUCUCAUCAGAGGAAGGCCGUUCGAUUCCUUUCAUCUACUUGUCAAGCAACGCAAGUACCACUUCCAACGGAUCGGCGGCACCAGAGUCUGGCGACAAGAUCCGGAUCUACCUUCACGGCGGUGUCCACGGGAACGAACCUGCUGGCGAUCAAGCAGUAAUGGCAUUCCUUGGCGCGCUCGAUAAUAACCAGACGUAUGCGGAGACGAUUCUGUCAGCAGUAGAAUUCCUCGUCAUACCACGCUACAACCCUGACGGUGUCGCAUACUUCCAACGCUUCAUGGCUACAGGACUCGACCCGAACCGCGACCAUGUCAAGCUCCGAAGCCAGCAGACUUACGACAUCAAGGCCCUGAAUGUAGCUUUCAAUGCUCACAUCUCGAUCGACUGCCACGAGUACAAUGCUCCGCGAGCUUUCGGUCCUGACGAGGACUUGACGACGUCCCAGGAUGGGCAAUUCUCAGCUUUCAAGAACAUGAACAUUCAUCCUCGUAUCCGCUCGCUUGCCGAGGGCAUCUUCGCUGACAACAUCGCCGCCGCGAUGGACGAUGCCGGUCUCAGGCAUUCACCAUACGUGGUGGCUGCGUCGACGCCCGAGAUCAGCUUCACCGAGUUCGUCACCGACAACAAUGGAGAUGAUCAGGUCGGCUUGUCCCAAGGUAUUGCUUACCUCUCUGAGACACGUGGCAUCCGUCUGGCAGAUCAGCACUUCAAGCGGCGAGUCGCUGCGGGGCUGACCAUCAUUCGUGCUAUAGUCGACACGGCGGUAGCUAAUGCUGAAGAGGUCUUCAACCUUAUCGAGUCAACUCGAGAAGAAUAUGCCCAAAGCGAUGACGAGAUCAUCCUUUUGUCUGCACCUCGACCAACGAACAUCACGUGGCCACUCGUUUCACUCACCAAUGGUUCACUGAUAGACGUCCCUAUCGCAUUUGGGAACAACACGCCCGCUAAUGCCGUCUUGACCCGUCCACGACCAGAAGCAUACAUCUUUUCCGCUGCCUGGCCGGACAUUGCUGCACGCUUGCGUGCGGUCGGCGUCGAAGUUCAGCAACUGAAUACUUCUUGGAUGGGCGAAGUCGAGGCUUUCAAUAUCACAAACGCGACUGUGGCGCGGACGAAAUUCGAAGGUGCUGCGCAGACGACUGUCUGGGAGACUGAGACGUUGGUAAAGAAUGUCAGCUUUCCAGGUGAGGGAGGGAAGGGGCCGUACUGGAUCGAUAGUCGACAGCAGCGGGCGGCUCAUGCAUUUAUGAGGCUGGAGCCGGAGACCGAAUCCGGGUUUGCGAAGUGGAAUGUCAUUCCGGUCGCGACUGGGGAUGAGUGGCCUUAUCGCGCUUAUGGGCUACCCGCCCUUCUUGUGCCGACUGCGGUGUCUAUCAAGACCCUCCACUACCUGGAACUUCUACCUGGUCUAGGAGAGGUAUGGGGACUGAUCACACUCAUUGGAUUCAUCCACUUCACCUCGGUGCUCUAUAUCAAGCGAUGGACUCUGCGUACGUCUUGCCUGUCACCGAGCAAGGAUGGAUCACGCAACAAAUCAAAUGCGAACUCCUGGUACCUUCGGCCCAGCUCCUGGAGGAGAAUGUACCAAGGCGCAACAGACCCACGACUUCUCCUCGUUCCUCGCGAGGACAUUGUUGGUCCCGAAGACAAUCAACGCAAAAUAACGUCCACAACACCUGGGAAGCCAGCACCGCCAUCGCCAAAGGCCGGCCCAGCACACCGCCCACCCUUCAAACCCCGCAUCAAACUCCCUAUACUCCUCCUCAAAGCCCUCCUGAUCUACCUCCUCAACACAACCCUCCUCCCCCUCCUCCUCGACCCACCCCUCGCCCUCACAGACUUCGCCCAUCCCCGCGGCAACCUCCUCCGCCGCCUCCUCAUACAACUCUACCUCACCAACCGCGUCAAACCACUCCUCUUCACCCCAAUCACCGCCCGCGAUCUCCUCAUCCGAAUCUGGUUCACCACAACCACAAUAUUCACGCCCAUCGUUAUCCUCGACGGCAUCCACACCAUCUGCUCCGUGUUAUUCAUCUACGUCCUCCGCGUCGACCGCCCAGAAUGCUGGCUGGACCUCUUCGGCUCGCCGCUCGAGGCAUACACGUUAGGUCGAUUCUGGUCGGGGUUCUGGCAUCGCUUGCAUGUUAGUGCGUAUGGAGAAUGGGCGGAGGUGUUGUUGCCGAGAGUUUGGUUGGGGAGGAGGGAAGGUGUGAGGAGGGUGUGGAAGGUGUUGGUGGCGUUUGGGUUGAGUGGAGGCAUGCAUCAGAUUUUGUCCAGGGGAAGUUUUCCGGUUUGUGCUGGGAGGGGGAGCGGGGAUUGGGCGGAUUUGAAGUUGUUUGGGUUGAUGGCUGGUGUUGUGGUUGCGGAGGGAUGGGUUUUGAGGGUGGUGGGGGGCUGUUUGAGGCGGCGGAGGAAGGGUGCUGGACGAGAUGGAGGCGAGCAGAAGCACUGGGUGCUGACGAUCUGGUGGCGGAUCACCGACACUUUGUGUCGGCUCCUGGGCUACAUCUGGGUGGUGAGCUUCUUCGUCUGGGCUGUGCCGAAGGUCUACUACCCCAGGCUUGGCCAAUUGAAGACGAAUGAUUUCGAGCUGCACGAGGUGGCGGAGAUGGCGAAGGGGGCGGAGAUGAUGACGCAUACGCCCAGGUUUAAGCCGAGUCAGGAGACGGAUCGGUUGGCUAGGUUGACGGUUAGGGAUGUUUAUAUUGAAUAG